AUGAUUCCAAUGUUACCAGUUUGUGAUUCACGAGCAAUGCUUAUGCCUGUUAAUUCAGGUAUAUGCGGAGCUCCACCUGUUAUGGUACCAAUGAUGCCGGCAGCUGGUGCACCUCUUUUAUGUGCACCAAAUAAUUUCGGUUUGUGUUCAACAACAAGUAUAAUGAGUGAAUAUAAUGCACAAAUGUAUGGUCGAUUUCAACAUGUUGAACGAGAACAUCCACGUUAUCGUCAUGCACCAUUUGAUUGGUAUCGUCCACCGAAACAACGUCAUAAUAUUGUUCAUGAAGAUGCAGCUGUUGUUACACUUGAUGGACCUGUACCUAUUGGAGAUUUCUAUCGUCAUUAUAUUUAUGGUGAUGGUUAUGAUGAUUAUGAUGAUUAUGAUGAUUAUGAUGAUGAUGAUGAAUAUUACGACGAUGAUGAUGAUGCAGGCUCGUUUGCAUCAGAUGAAUAUGAUGAUACAGUAGUACCAUCAUAUGAACCAAGAAGUAUUGGAUAUCGACGAGAUCCUCAGCGAGGUCCUGGUUCAGUUGCUGAUAGUUAUAUACCAUCUAAUCGAUCAGCGAUAAACUCACGUAAUUAUGCAAAACUUGAUCCUACUCGUCGAACUUCUAUGCGACCAUCAAACUAUCAAAGAAAUCGAUCAUUACUUGCCGAUAAUGAUAUGGAUGAUGCAGCUUCAAUUAAUAGUACAUAUGGAAAUUAG